UUGACAUGAUUUGCCAUUUCCUUCAACUCAAUUUGCAGAUGAGCAAUUGAGGCAAACAGGAUUGGUUAGGUGAAAUGCUUAGGAUCACACAGCUAGUAAGUAUCUGAGGCCAGAUUUUCACUUAGAAAAAUGAAUCUUCCUGAUUCCUAACUCAGUGCUCUAUCCACUGCACCACUUAGUUGCCCUAAGACCCUCUUGAAUAGAUAAAAACAGAGAUCCUUAUUGAGAUUCUCUCCUUUCAAAGUAGCACCAUCUGAUUUCUGCUUUAAACUGCAGGAAAGGCAGGUCACACUGAGGCACAGUCACUGAAGCACAAGAAGGUUAAGUGGCCUUGUCCAGGUCACAUGUUAGAUCUCUUUGAGAGCUUGGACUGGGUGCCCCUAUUUCCUUUUGAGUAAAUUAUCAUAGCUGGAAAGGACCUUAGAGGUAAUUUAAUACAAACUUCUCAAUAUGCAGAUAAGAAUAUAUGGACCCCAGAAGGGCCCACAGCAAACUAGUGGGCAGGAGUUGAGAUCUAGAUUUCUCUAUGCCCAUUUUAGUACUCUUUCUCUUGUAUAUUACCAUCUCAUCCUUUUCUCUCCUGAGUUCCUCAUAUCCUAGGGGUUACUGUUUUGAAGGUCCCUCAGAUUAUAUUAAGACGUAGAGGCAAUUUAUCAAAUAUUCUGUCUUGGUCACUGUUCCUCUGUUCCACUGUUCCAAAAUGACUGGAGUGGAACCAGAGGUCAGGAAUAUAAAAUGUUAUAAUGCUAUGAAAAUACACUGAUGACCUUCUCUCCUUCCUCUUGGGCUGUCAACAGUUCUGAUCAGCCCAGAGCAAAAAAUAAAGAUGGUCUAUCUAGGGAAGGGUAAUAGUGAGAAUAUCAAGGGAAAAGGUAAAUAGUGGGAGAGCCGGCCAGAACCUAAGAGCCAGGAACCUGUGAGGCUGGGGGCGGAGGUGGGAGGGGGAUGGGGAGAGAAAAGGUGGAAGAAGGAAGAGUGAUUAGCCAGAGCAGAGCCACUAUUGUGGAAAGAAAGAGGGGUGGGGGCGCCGGAGGCGCGCUGCUAGGAGAUAAAUAUAAAAGCUCACUCUCCAGGGUUCUCAUCCUUAGCUCUGGUCCACAAACAAGGGCAGGGUUUGGAGCGCAGAAACUACAGGGGUUGGGAGGAAAAGGCAGAGAAGGCGUACUAAUUAGGUAGCUGUGCCCUCCCCCAUCCCUGACAGACAAACACACCACACACACAUCACAUACACACACAUACACAACACACACACACAUACACACACACGAUGUGUAAUUAACCUGGGGAUUUUACAGACACAGGAUGUGCCCUAGACAAGUAGGGAAAGGCCAAAAAAAAAAAAAAAAAAAAAAGGUAGGAGAUUAGAUAUUGGAGAGAAUAAUUAUAAGGAUGUCUGUCAUCUGUAGGGAAGGAGGGAGGGAGAGAGGAAAGGAUGAAGGAAACACGAGGAGGGAGGGAGAGACAGAGACAGAGAGACGCACACACUGAGAGAGACAGAGAGAGCUGUGAUGCGAUACGUUAUGUUUCCGCCAACUGUACCGUAGAAGAGUAGAAGGACUGGGGGCCCCAAGCGUGCGUCGGGGGUUGAGGGGUUGGGGGCGUUCUCAGUGGCGCCUGGUGGGAGGGUCGAGUUUGAGAUAGGACCAGCCGCCGCUAGGCUAGGAACACCAGCCGGAGGGCGCUAUCUUCAGCAUCUCUCAAGGUGAAAGCUCUUUGAAGCUUGAAAGCUUGGGGACCCCUCGGGUUCCCCGAGACUCCCUUUAAAAAGUGGGGAAGUGCUACGUUAUUAUCUCCCGGAUCCCCCAAUACCCAGAAGCCACCGAUUGCUGUCAGAUCUGAUUUUCCAGGCACGAUCCAAGCUAAAUCCCCAAAGAUACACAAACCUUGCAGUCCGGAAUGCUGUAUUUUUCCUGUCAGUCAGUGCUUCGGACACAGCUGGCUAAGCAGAACCGAGAAAGCUGCAGGAUCUAAUCUGGCAACUGUGUUCUGGAAGAAGAGAAGGGAAGAGAGAGCGAGCAGAAAACACAGACCUACCGCCGGAGAUCAAGGAAAAGCAGAGCAGAUAUAAGCAAACCUUGAUUAAAAGCUGCCUGACAGCCCACGGCAGCGGCAAGCAGCAGGCAAGGAAGCUCUUCAAGUCCAAAGGGAGUCGCAGUGGCGGCUCCCGCCACGGCCAGGCUCUCAGAUGUCCCUGAUCCUUUAAUCAAUCACAGCCGAGGAGGGGAAGAGCAAACGCCCAUCUGAGGCGAGGAGAUAACCAGCCCGAGCCAUGCAGUCUUUUCGAGAAAGGUGUGGUUUCCAUGGCAAGCAGCAGAACUACCAGCAGACUUCACAAGAUUCAUCACGCCUGGAGAAUUACAGGCAUCAGAGCCAGGCAGGGCUGAGCUGCGAGCGGCAGCGGCUGCUGGCCAAGGAGUACUACAGUCAGCAGCCCUACCCCGCUUACGACAGCAGCGCCUCGGCGGCCGCCGACAAGUACCACCGGGGCAGCAAGCCCCUCCCCGGCCAGCAGCCGCUGCAGGGGAGGCCCACCUUCUCCAGCUACAGCGUCCAGGAGAACAGCCCCUACCCAGCCCGCUACUCGGGAGAGGAGAGCCUGCAGACGUGGGGAGCUCAGCAGCAGGCCCUCGCAGGGGGGGUAGCCAAGUAUGAAGAGAACUUGAUGAAAAAGACAGCGGUUCCCUCCAGUAGCCGUCAGUACCAGGAGCAGAGCUCUCAGCUGCCCUUCCGGACUCACUCCCUGCACCUCCAGCAGCAGCAGCAGCAGCAGCAGCAGCAACAACAGCAGCAGCAACAACAGCAGCAGCAGCAGCAGCAGCAACAGCAGCUGCAACAGCAGCAACAGCUGCAACAGCUGCAGCAACAGCAGCAGCAGCAGCAGAACCCCUUGACGUACCCCAAGCUCCAAAGGCAGAAGAUCCAAAAUGAUAUCGCCCCCAUGCCCUUUCCCCAGGGCUCUCAUUUCCCCCAGCAUUCCCAGUCCUUCCCCACUUCCUCCACCUAUUCUUCGGCCGUGCAGGGCGGGAGUCAGGGAGCUCACUCCUUCAAGAGCUGCACCGCCCCCUCCACCCAGCCCCAUGAGAGGUCCCUGGCUAGCAGCGCCAGCCUGACCCCGGGGCCCCGGGUGCAGAGCCUGCACAGCUACCAGGCGGGCAGGAUCAGCUACGACCAGCAGCAGCAGCAGCAGCAGCAGCAACAGCAGCAGCAGCAGCAGCAGCAGCAGGCGGCGGCUCUCCAGGGCAGACACCAUGCCCAAGAAACACUGCACUACCAGAACAUCGCCAAGUACCAACACUACAAUCAGCAGGGCCAGAGCUACUGCCAGCCGGACACCCCGGUGAGGACGCCCGAGCAGUACUACCAGACCUUCAGCCCCAGCUCCAGCCACUCGCCGGCACGCUCCAUGGGCCGCUCCCCCUCCUACAGCUCCACGCCGUCCCCGCUGAUGCCCAACCUGGAGAACUUCCAGUACAGCCAGCAGACCCUCAGCACGGGGGCCUUCCCCGCCAGCAUCACGGACCACAGCCACUUCAUGCCCCUCCUGAACCCUUCCCCGACUGACGGGGCGAGCUCCGUGGACGCACAAGCGGUGAAUUGCAAGAACUUGCAGAAGGAGAAGAUCCCCGAGAACCUGCUGUCGGACCUCAGCUUGCAGAGCCUGACUGCUCUGACCUCGCAAGUGGAGAACAUUUCCAACACUGUGCAGCAACUUCUGAUGUCCAAGUCGACCGUUCCCCAGAAGAAGGGCAUGAAGAACCUCGUUCCCAGGACCCCAGAGCAGCUCAAAGGUCAGCACUGCAGCCCGGAGAGUGGCAGCUACUCUGCGGAACCCGUGGGCACCCCUCUGUCGGAGCCUCUCAGCAGCACCCCGCAGUCCAUCCACGCGGAAGCCCAGGAGGCAGAUUACCUGAGCGGCUCAGAAGAUCACCUGGAAAGGACCUUCCUGUAUUGUAACCAGACUCGGAACAGCCCUGCCAGGGUCAACAGCAACUCCAAGGCCAAGCCCGAGUCGGUCUCCACCUGCUCGGUCACCUCUCCCGAUGACAUGUCCACCAAGUCCGACGACUCCUUCCAGAGCCUCCACAGCAGCCUGCCCCUGGACACCUUCACCAAGUUUGUGGCCAGCGAUCGGGAAUGCCCCCGCCUGCUGCUCAGCGCGCUGUCCCAGGAAGAGCUGGCUUCGGAGAUCAUCGUGCUGCAGGAGGCCAUCAGUGAAAAGGCCGAUAAAGCUUGGAGCGAGUCUCCCGUCCUGACUAAGGACCCCAGCAAGUCCUCCUUCUCUCUGGAGAACCACAACACCUGCCUCGACCCUGUGGGCAAGAACACCUGGUCCCACCCAGCUGAGGCGGAAACCCUACCCGAUCCUCUCCACAUCAACAAAGGCAGCAACACCAAGGACUUCAGCGAGGAGCUAUUCGAGGACCCCCCAGUGGGGUUCACCAUGCCUGAAGCCAAGAAAUUACCCUGUUCUCUUCCAUAUGGUCCCAAACCGAACCUCCCAGAUGCUCCGUCUAACCCUGGGACGACUGCUUUUGGCUGCUUUCCGGAUACGACCACUGACUCAGUGGGUUCUGGUGAUAAUGCAAACCCCUUUGCUUGGCCAGAGGAGAACUUGGGGGACGCCUGUCCCAGGUGGGGUCUGCACCCCACAGAACUCUCGAAGGGCCUGGGUCGAGGGAAGCCUCCAGAGGGGUCGAGUAAAGAGAAAACAAAUGACACCGUCUGUAUGGGCUUCCCAGAGGUGGAACCAGCAGGUGAGAAGGAGGAGGCGAGAGAUUUCAAGCACGAGGAGGUCAGAGACGUGAAGGAGGAAGACAUCCUAGGGUGCCAGGAGGCCAGCAAAGCUGACAGGUGGCUGGAGGACAGUAGGCACUGCUGCCCGGCGGGUGACUUCAGUGAUAUCUCCUUGCUGCCCUCCUCAGAGAGAAAAGACUUGGAGGCAGAAGAGUACUCCUCCCUUUGUGAGCUCCUGGCCAGCCCUGAGCAGAGGCCUGGGCUGCAGGACUCAUCUCCCCCCAAGACCCCAUUGAUCUGCACUAAGGAGGAGCCCGAGGGGUCUCUCAGUCCAAAGGCUAACUGGGUUUCUCCCUGCCGCCUCUCCGGAGAGUCUGUCAUCCUGCUGGGUCCAGCCGUGGGCACAGAGUCCAAGGUCAAGAGUUGGUUUGAGUCAUCCCUGUCUCACAUGAAGCCGGAGGAAGGGGCAACAGAGAACGAGAGCGCGCCUCCAGAGAAUCUUGCGCCCAGCGCCCCUCUGCUGGGCAAGCUGAACAAGCCGGCCUUGCCUGAAAACACCCUGGCCAAGAAAGGGCCCAUGCCGAGAGGGAAGAGCCUGAGGAGCCGUCGAGUGCAGAGAGGACUGCCGGAGGGAGAGGAAUCGGGCUGCAAGGCCCCAGACCUGCCCAAGGACCUUUCACUGCCAGAGCCCUGCACAGGGCAGCCCCAGGGCCACACGGAAGGGGCCGGCGCCCCCGGCCAGCUGGGCCCGGCCGGGAGGGUCGUGGCCGAGGGGCUGCCCAGGAUGUGCACCCGCUCCUUUACCGCCCUCAAUGAGCCCCGAACCCCUGGCUCCCACCCACCGAGCCUAACCGGGGCGUCCUCUCAACCCGAGAAGUUGGGGACAAAACAGAGAGCCAGUUUCAAGUCUGGGAAGAGAGCGGGAAAACUGUCCCCUAAGGUGGCUUCUAGUCCCAGUGACCCCGCGGCUCUGCCCGUGCCCAGCCUAGCCCAAGAGAACAGCUCCAUGGGGCCGAAGCUGAAGGACGCCGAGUCCCCGGACACCCCAGCAAAGGACCAGAGAUCCAUGAUCCUCCGGUCUCGGACCAAAGCCCAGGAGCUCUUUCACCCCAAGCGGAGGAGGCCGACGGAAGGGAGGCUGCCAAACUGCAAAACUGCCAAGAAACUCAUUCCUAAUAACCACCUACCACCCAGCUUCAAGAUGCCUGGCAGUGCCCAGAAAGAGGGGAAAGCAAGCCGGAGGGUGAAGCUCCCCAAACCUGCGCCUAGUGUGGGAGGCAAGCUGCCAGAGCGCCAGCUGCACUCCCUGAAGAGGAAGUCCACCUUCAUGUCUCCCAUCCCAGCCAAGAAGAGGAAUCUGAUUCUCCGCAGCGGGGGCAGCCCGGGGAGCAUCAAGGAGGAGAAGGCCGAGCCUUCUUCCCCCAGCCUCUUCAAGAGGAUCUCCAGCCCCAAAAAAGCCAAGGCCGCCAAGGGCGCCUGCGAGCCCGCCCUGAAAGCCCCUCCUCCAGAGACCCCCAACGUCUGCAUCAAAAUCACCUCCCGGGCCGCCUUCCAGGGAGCCAUGAAGACCAAGGUCCUGCCUCCCCGCAAGGGCCGAGGCCUGAAGUUGGAAGCCAUCGUGCAGAAGAUCACCUCUCCCAGCCUAAAGAAGUUUGCAUGCAAAACAGCCACGGCGGCGGCGGCGGCAGCGGCGGCGGCGGCGGCAGCGGCGGCGGCCGCCGCAGCAGUGGUGGCUCCGACCCACAGCAAUCCUCUGAGCCCGUCCCUCCCGGAGAAGGAGAGGGCCCUAAAGAAGGCCGGGGCCGGUCCGGCCGCGGGAGACGCCAGGCCCCUCAACCCCGGCCUGGCUCAGAAGCCUCCCGCGGCCCCCGGAGCCGAGCAAUUAUGCAGAAAUGCCAACAACAGAUCCUUAAAAGGGAAACUCAUGAACAGUAAGAAACUGGCCUCCGACUGCUUCAAGGGUGAGGCCUGUUCAUCUCCGGAGACACCGCAGCAGCAGCAGGAGGAGCAGCCCCAGCAGCCGCCCGGCGGCGGGGAGGCUGCGAAGAGUCUCGGCCUGGUGACCAAGAAGAGGAGCCGGAAGGGGAAGGCGGCCGCCCUGGGCCUGGCCAAGCUGCCCCUGGAGAAGCGAGCCCAUCUGGCGCCCGGCCUGCUGCUGGCCUCCAGGGAGAGGGCGGCCGCGGGGGGAGGCCUGGCCGAGGCUGGGGAGGACGGGGAAGGGGGAGGAGGGAAGAAAGGCGGCCUGGAGGACAAAGGCCUCGGCGCAGAGUCCUCGGAGGGCCGGGCCUCGCAGCCGCAGACCCGGGCCCAGAAGCAGCCCGCCGGCCAGGCCAGCUACAACGGCGGCUACUCCAAGCGGCAGCGCAAACGGCUCACUCGAGGCAAGGCCAAGAACGUGGCCUCCCAGUGCAAGAGCCGGGCCAAAAGGCGAAGGCAGCAGCAGCACGCGCCCCCCCUGGACCCCGCCGAGCCCGAGAUCCGCCUCAAGUAUAUUUCCUGCAAAAGGCUUCGGACUGAUAGCAGGGCCCCGCCCUUCUCCCCCUAUGUCAGGGUGGAGAAGAAGGAUGAGUUCACUACCACCUGUACUGUGGUCAACUCCCCUGGGGAAGAGCCCAAGCCCCGAAAGGAGAAGCCUUCCUCCUCUUCUUCCUCCUCCUCCUCCUCCUCCUCUUCCUCCUCCUCCUCCUCCUCCUCCUCCUCGUCCUCCUCCUCAGCUGCCUCCCCUACCACCUCCUCCUCUGCCCUGGCCACCCUCCCCGGGGGGGCCUCCCUCCAGGCCCGGGCCGUGCUGCCCCUCUCCUCCACCAUGCACCUGGGGCCCGUGGUCUCCAAGACCCUGAGCGCGGCCUGCCUGGUCUGCUGCCUCUGCCAAAACCCUGCCAACUACAAAGACCUGGGGGACCUCUGUGGGCCCUACUACCCCGAGGACUGCCUGCCCAAAAAGAAGUCCAGACUCAAGGAGAAAGCCAGGGCCGAGGGCCCGGGGGAGGAGGCGGCGCCCCCCCUGGAGAGAACACUGAGAGGCCUGGAGAGCCCCUGCCUGGCCGCCCCCGGGCCCGGGAAGCCGCCCAGGCCCGAGGCCCCCGCCGAGGCCGCCAAGCCCAGCUCCCUGAGGUCGAGCUCCCGGGGCCUCUACCGCAAGCUGCAGAGCUGCUACUGCUGCGACGAGCAGAGGACCGAAGACGAGGAGGCCCCGGCGGCCGACAAGCCCAGGAAGCACGAGUGCAGCAAGGGCGAGGCCCCCGCGGAGCCGAGCGGAGACACGCAGGAGCACUGGGUGCACGAGGGCUGCGCCAUAUGGACGGCCGGCGUCUACCUGGUGGCCGGGAAGCUGUUCGGCCUGCAGGAGGCCAUGAAGACCGCGGCAGACGUGAGAUGUUCCAGCUGUCAGCAAGUAGGUGCCACCCUUGGCUGCUGCCACAAAGGAUGCCCUCAAACCUACCACUACGCAUGUGCCAGUGACACAGAGGCAGCUGUUGUAAUCUACCCUCCUGGGUCUUACCUCCUCCAUCUGGACAGGAGAUGGCGCCAAGCCUGGGCCCACUUCUCACCUGGAGCUGUGACCAGGACCACCCAGAUCGGCAAGGAAGAGAGGAACAGGACCCUUCCUCCCCUUUGAUCUGCUGACCUAACCAGAGGCCCUUUCUUUCUGAAUGUUCUCAUCUGCUUAUGGCUAGAGUCCCGUCCACCUCCUGGGUCUCCUCCCUGCAAAGAACCACUCCUCAGAGCUGACCCAGGCUUGCUGACCAAUAGGAUCCAGGCCCUGGAUUUGUGGAUCUGGGAUCCGUCAGACAAGACAGUCCUUACACCAUAUCCCUCCCCUGGUAGGGAAGUGUUCUAGGCCUCUCUCACCGGGUGACAGAUAGAUUGCACAGGGACAGGUGGUGGGAAAGGGGAGCCGGGACAGGGUCUGGGAGUGCAGCAGUGGGGGUGCUUUGUGUCAAGCUUAGAUCCUUUUCCUAGCGCUCUCUUGCCCGCUCCUGACCCUGCCGGCUCCUGGGGGGGCACGGCCUGGUACUUGGAGGCCUAAGAGGCCAGGUCUGACUUUGCCUUUGCUCCCUGCCCAACUGCACUGCAGCCCCUGCCCAGGGUGGGUCCAUUGGCCCUCGAUGGAGAAACGGCCCCGGACUCUUCCUGCCUGGUAAGCUGCAUCCGCAUUCAGUCCUAGAGAAAUAGAGACCGUUUCCAGCCCAGGGGGUGGCCGGAGGGAGAGUGCAGAAUGUGGAGCUAGUGGCCUAAAGGGACUGUCCACUCUUCCCUCCAUCACCUCUUCCACCCGGCAGGCGAAGAGGAGGGGAAGUAAGAACAAGGCUGGUGUGAGCUGGACUGAGACGUGUGUAAUUUCUCGGAAGUUGUGGGGGGGCGUCCCCCAUCACUGCUGUCCACAUGGUACUUUCCCUUUCUUGCCCGCUAUAUUCCCAGUAGGAUGGAUCCGGGCCACCCAAGUGUCUGCUACUGUUUGGUGGGGGAAGGUGUCUGAGUGCGAGCAGGGUUGGAAGAAGGCAACUUUUUGCAUGCCCAGUGCAAACCCUGGUUAUGUUAGUUUAGUUGAAGAAAUGUAAAGUCUUUGGAAACCCCCGGGGCCCUCGGAGUAGCCCCAGGGCAGAGCCCUAUUCCUGGUAGAAGCCUGGGAGCAGGUGCAGUGAGGAGCCACGGAGGGGCUUGUGGCCGAGUCCUCCAGCUCUGGCUUGGGGGGUGGGGGGCCUGGAGGCGGAGACGCAGCCCCCGGCUUUCAGAUCAGUGACCCAAGCCUUUGGGAACAGCUUGGCCCGCAGGGCUGGUUUCCGGCUCUCCAUGGAGCCUGGCUUGAUGAAGGAGGAAUCCCGGCACUCCCAGAUCUUCAGGUAGGGAAGAGAAUCUGCUUUUUAAGUCAGUCUUCCCUGGUGAGGCUUGAUCAGAGACCCUGCUCUUUUGCUGACCAUCUGACUCGGUUUCCUCAUCUGUAAAAUGAUGGGCUGGACUAAGUGAUUUCUGCGAGGUCCCUCCCGGCUGGGUCCCCUCCGCCUCCCGAAGGAGCAGCGGUUCCAGGCCAGGAGACAGGCCCCGGCCCGGGCAGAGCUGUGCAGCCGCUCCCCGUGUUGGCUGUCCCAGUGCCCCCUUUUAGCCCCCGAUGCCGAGCUCCCUGGUUUUCGUGGACUCGCGGCUCUCAGCCUUGCUCCUGUGUGUUGUGCCCCCUCCCCUGGCAGUGCCAACCCCGGGUCCAGCCCCGUCCCCGGCCCCCCAGGAAGGGUGGGAGGGCCUGCAGAGAAGCCGGGCUCGGCCAGGAGGAGGCUGGGGCGGGGCGGGGCUUCUGUGUAUAUAUAUACACGUGUAUAUAUAUAUGUGUACACACACACUAGUGACACCGCGGCGCAUUUAUAUAGAGCUGUCCACCCUCCUAGUGCUAUCUACGCAUGUGUGUGUUUGGCUCGCCCACAUAUAUCUGCAGUCUGUGCGUGAGGGGGCUCGUCCUCAGGAGGGCCGGUGGGACGGCAGGCGGCCGGAAAACAGAUAUAUCAUGUGUAUAAAAUAUAUAUGUACUGUUCUAUAUAUAUAUGUUAUAUAUAAUGUAUAUAUGUUUGAGACGUGCUCGCUCUUGUUCACCACAUUGGUUCCACCGCAAGCAGCAACCUCAGUCCUCAGGACUCCUGCCCAACGCCCCUCCCCCCCUCGGACGCCCCCCACCCUCACCCGGAGCUGGCAUCGUAUCACGGAGACCCCCCAACCGGCCCAGGCAGGAAGCCCAGACGCGCAAGCCCCGCCUACUGCAUCCGUCCGUCCGUCCGUGCGUGGUCCUCGCUCCGUCUGUCCCUCCGCUUAGCCCGGCCCGCCCGGCCCGCCCGGCUGACAAGCUCACUCUGGACUCUGGAGAUGGCCUUCCAGGGCCACUGGGGGGCGCCUCACUUAGCUCCCGACUGUCUUAGUGGCAUCAUGUACAUAUGACUGUAAAAUGGUAAACCGUGUGUAUUAUAUAUUGCCUCAUUAUAUAGUGUAUAUAUAUGUAUACAUAUACAUAUAUAUAAUAUAUAUGAAGACUGUAAAUGUUAAGACUAGUGUUCUUAUUAGUAUAUUGCUUCACACUGAAGAUUGUGUGUUAACGAGCUGUUUCUAAAAGAUGUUUAUUUUCCUUAAGAGUAAAAAAAGAAAAAAAACAGGUCAUUGCAUUAAAAAAACCGUCAAUAAAGAUACAACAAUUGUUUUGGAA